GACAUACAUGUACAUGACCUUGCUUGUUAAAGAGUCUAACAACACCAUUGUCUUUACGACAACAUAUCCAGUUCAACUCAUACUCUGCUUGUACACUGCAAAAAUGGUAAACAUUGGGUACUAGACUAUUGAAACUCUACAAAAUGUGGCAAUAAAACUGCAGACAGCAAACAGUUUGAUUUCAAAAUCACUGAGGGCAUCGCUGUCCUUCCACAUGAGGCCAGGUCACCAGUCUACCACCUGCAAAGCAGGGUCUAGUGGAAUAGUCAGGGUAUACUCCUUUUAUAAACAUGGAUGCAAACAUGAGAAGGUGUGCAAAAGACAAAGGGGAUCCUUUGUAGGGAUCAAAGUCCACUUUGUAUUGCUGAAUUNCACAGUUCCUAUAUGGCAUCUAGAGACUACACAGGCUAAUACUGCAUACAUUUAGCAUCUGAUGCCAAAGUCCGGGGUCUGUCGUACGAGUGAUUGGACACGCCUGCUGACAAGUAAUCACUGAUUUUGGGAUUUAAUAAAGAUCUUGUUUUUCCCAGUGCUGCCAAAGUCUCCACUGCCUGGCCACACUUAUCAAUAAGAGAAGUGACAUGCAAUUAGGCAUGUGUAGUUGUGUGUAUUUUUGUUCAUUCGUGGGUGAUACACAUGUACAUUGCACGGUACACAUGCAGAGAGACUAGUAAUGGCAUAGCGACACAGUACAUGUGACUGUCUGAUAUCAAAUUACCAGCAGCACGAGUUAUCCCACGAACUAAGUCUAUUCAGCAAUUUAUCUGAGUGUAAGUUGUGUGCAGUACUGAGCAGAGGUGUGCUGGAUAAUAACGGUGCAUACUCCUUGAAGUGGCCUUUGAGCAAGCUGCUGAAGAGUCUGCGUAUGUCUGGUGCUCAAGUUGUGCGGUUGAACUCCUCAGCAAAUUCAGCACACUAUAAAACAAUCACCUUGAUCGGACCGAUCACCGGAGCACCUACUAGACUUGACGCUUGAUUUGAGAAGCAACCAAGCCACACAACAGAUCCGUGGAAGCUGCAAGCGCAUGUUGGCAGCUGUCAAGGGAUAGUGGCCCAUCAACUGGUGCCGCGUUUCCAAACAGGUAGAUUCCACCCUUCCUGCCCCCGUCCCCACAAGCACACACCAGCCAAGCAUGGCCUCCAAACGCAGCAAGGUCCCCCUGGCACUGGUCUUCAUCUUCUCCUUGGCGGCAGUCGGUGCCCUCCUCGCGGCCGCUGCCACGCCCCACUGGGUUGCGGGCGUUGCGGUGCGGCAAAACCUGACUGACAACGAGCGCCCGCAGGUGCCAGACGAAAAUGGUCAGAUUCCUCCCUUUACAGGCUACAUCCAGUUUGGACUGUUCAACGGAGAGAAGAUUUUCAACUUUGGCUUUACCCAACGUGCUCCCGUUUAUUUCUCGAUUUUUGAAGAGCACGCAGAGGUGUACAGCAUUGGGUUCCCAAUUGCCGCCUUCGUGUCUGUUUUGAUCGCCGCUAUUUUCGGCCUGGUGUCAACUAUCUUCGGAUUGGUCAACACAAUAACCGUUCCCAUAGAAACCAUCCACGGACCAGUUGGACUCUACGUGUGGAAUGGAAUUGGAGCCGUGUGCAGCCUGGUCGCCUGGGUGAUCUAUCUUGCUCUCCUCUUGACCAAACUCACCACGAACAUCCUGAACAAAUCAGACAUAGAUCCACCCAACAACUUCCGGACGGACUCCGUGUCGUUCGCCUACUCGUACUGGUUGGUGGUAGUUGCCUGCGCCUUGUUCAUCCUGAAUUUGAUUUGCGUCUUCUUGGCCAAGCUGCUCUCGGAUCCGGACUUCUUGCAGCAACGGAGGGGGGAAAAAGAAUUCUCCAAGGGAGAAAAUAACGUUGGGAUGGAUGAAAUGAUGUACUAAGAAUGCGUACAAAUUUGUUUGUCUCAUACUAUGUACAGUAUAGUCCAACAGAUUAUGUGCUGUAUGAUCAAUUGUGUAUUUGGUUUUUCAUAAAAGCUUGAAACCUAUACAGAGGUAUCAUUACGAGAAGACUGUUUUUGAUUUGGGGUGUGAUAUUCAUUUUAAAGUGGGUUGAAGCAUUAUGUUCACGGCGUCAUGGGAAUAAACUGAAGUCGAACUUGAAGUUUCUGAGCGACUGGUAUUGAAUACGUUAGUACCUAUCGCCGCAAUGAAAAAACAAACCGAGUUAUUCUGAAUACAUGUACCUUGUGCCUUGUAGUCAUGACCUCCGAACGGUCCACUAAGGACUUUAUUGGAAGCUGACGAGAGUGGCGCGGUAACUUGUAUUUGGAAGUGUGGGGCUUGCGCUGGGUAAAAGUUUUAAAAACUGGGGCUAGUAUUGUCUACUGAUGCUUGAGAUAACUUAUUUCAGAGUCUGGCGGUUUCUGCAUGAUUUAUCUUUCUAUAAUUAGAGCUACGAUAUUUAUAGUCGUUUUGCUUUCGAUUUUUCCGCUAUUUUUGGCACAGCAUGCGCUGCAGUGAUUUUUGUAUGAAAGAAAAACAGUUAAAAUUAAAAAAUGCUCUAAAAUAGUAAUGUAUCCAUCGGGAGGAGGUAAUUUAUGGAGACUUUUACAUUAUUUUCAAAGGAAUUGAAAUUGCCAACGCGUCAGAAAUAGAACUAGCACCUUUCUUCAUAAAGGAAGGGCUUUUUACAGAUGAAAACUGGAAAAUCUUAUCAGGAGAGAAAUGCCCAUUACCCAGACUCAAAAUCGGUAUAUGUCACCGAAGAAAAGGGAAGCAGCUUCAUAUCACUUUCAAAUAUUAAAUGAGCAUUUAUUUCGGUAAGCUGCAUUUGAGCAAAUACCAAAAUAAAAAUAAACUGAUAAUUUUGACUAAUAAAGCA